GCCACGGAAGUGCACACAGGAGCGCCGAGAGAGCGCAAAAGGAGCCACGGACGCGCCCACGGGAGCCCAGAAGGAGCCACGGACGCGCCCACGGGAGCCCAGAAGGAGCCACGGACGCGCCCACGGGAGCCCAGAAGGAGCCACGGAGCGCUGCGGGACGCACAUAUCACAAACAUCUCCCGGCUGAGAUCGGGGCUUCGCUGAAGAAGUCAGCACUUGUACGCGAGGUGCUGAAAAACAACCCGCUGGGGAAUCAUGCGCCGCGUUUUUACGCGCGGUGGCCACCUUUUGCGCCACACCAAGUGGAAGCAGGAGCGCAGUUAUUUUUGUUUCAAACUUUGAAUCGCUUUGAAAGCACCAAGCGAUGUGAUGUGACCAGUAUUCCUGCGUUGUGUCCUCGCGCUCAGGGUUGCGACUCAUGGGAUGUAGUAAAUGGAGAGCAGCGCUCAACUGUGGACACCUGAAGGCGCAGUCCAAACUGUCCGUCUUCUUUACCAUGCUAGUUCUCUUCACUUACCUCUUUUAUUGCCUCAACGGAUACUGUGAAUCUUUACUCAGGCCCGUGUACGACCAGCAAACCCGUUUUCACAGCAAAAUUCCCUCGCGUAAUGGACAAGAAGCGCGAGCGCAUCACCCGGGCGCCUCCAACGCGUCUUCGUUUGUCCGCGGACAGCUGUCGGAUUUGGGGACUGUCAGCACAGACGAGGUUCCAGAGGAGCCGAUCACAAGCAACAUGUCUAUAGCCAAUAAUUUCGGCAGUAAAAAGUUUCCUCAGGCCGUCAUCAUAGGCGUGAAGAAAGGUGGCACGCGGGCGCUGCUGGAGUUUCUGCGCAUCCAUCCGGACGUGAGAGCGGUGGGCUCAGAGCCGCACUUCUUCGACCGCUUCUAUGAUAAGGGACUGGAAUGGUACAGGAGCCUGAUGCCUCGUACGUUGGAGGGUCAGAUCACUAUGGAGAAAACCCCCAGUUACUUCAUCACCAAAGAAGCCCCUCGCCGCGUCUUCUCCAUGAGCCGCCACACCAAGCUCAUCGUGGUGGUGCGUGACCCUGUAACACGGGCGGUUUCUGAUUACACCCAGACCCUGUCCAAGUCGCCCGGUCUCCCAUCCUUCCAGAACCUCGCUUUUCGCAAUCUCACCACUGGCCUCAUUGAUACAUCUUGGAGCGCAGUACGCAUCGGUAUCUACGCCAAGCAUCUAGAGAACUGGCUACGUUUCUUCUCACUCUCGCGCUUCCUAUUUGUCAGCGGCGAACGCCUGGUGAUGGACCCUGCGGGGGAGAUGGGCAGGGUCCAGGACUUCUUGGGACUCAAACGUGUGGUGACGGAUAAGCACUUCUACUUCAAUCAGACCAAAGGGUUCCCUUGCUUAAAGAAGCCAGAGGGGAGCAGCAGACCACGCUGCCUGGGGAAGUCGAAGGGCAGGCCCCAUCCCCAAAUCUCCUCUGAGGUGCUGCUUCGGCUCAGGGACUUCUACAGGCCAUUCAAUCUGAAGUUCUACCAAAUGACUGGCCACAACUUUGGUUGGGACUGAAUGGCUUCUUACCUAAUGUUCUCUGGAGUUCUUGUUCAGACAGCAACCAAAACCAGACAAGGAUAUUGUUACCAAAGAUCUAAAGCAGUUUUCCAAAGACAUGUCCUACCAACUUUCCUACCAUCUUUGCUUCCAGGUGUGCAACAACCCUGAAUGAAUGAGAGUGUGGCCAUGCUAGCAAAGGUUGUGAGAGUUUUUACUGCCUCAGGUCUGCAUACGCCACGCUAAACAAAUCCUGUGGAAAGAGCCGGUAAUGGCUGCAGCAGCACGAGGAGCGUGGGCCAGAACGAAGCAUACUUCUUCAGACGUUCUGCAGUCGCCGCCUGCGUGCCAAAAGGAUGUUAUGCUUUCAGUGCUGUCCGAAACACUUAGCAGCAGAAGUUCUCCAUUGAAAAUAACAGGAGAAUAGAGCCAGAACUACAAAUAGACGUGCCCGAAGUCAAAGCAAACGUCAGGAGUAACAACGCUCGACAGAAGCACAAUACAAUCAACUGAACAGCAGAAGAACCAAAGACAGUGAGCACCAUUAAUUAUGCAAAACAGAGCAGUCCUAAUCAUUUUAACUGUGAUGAUGAGUGAGUCGUCCUCGCCAUCUGGACAGCAUCAAUAUGAAGACGUUUUCAGGUUGUCCACUCAUGCAACUUCCUUCCUUGAUUGUCUUUUAAAUUCCAAAAUGUUUUAUAAAAUGUUGUAACGGUACAAAAACUGUAAAAAAAAAAAAAAAAAAGCGCUGUAAAUUUGCUGUUAUUUAUGCCCCAGUGUAACAUGAUGUUCUUAACAUCACGCCUCUGUGCUUGUUUUCUACUUCAUUUGAUUGACAUUCAUCUAUCUGUAUAUUCUAAAAGUUUAAUUUAUAAAACGGGAUGGUUGAGAUGUUUCCUCUGACUUUGUAUGUGAAAUUUGGAACUAAAACAUUUAUUUUUUAAAGAAA